AUGUCAGUCUGUGCAUAUCUAUCUAUCUAUCUAUCUAUCUAUCUAUCUAUCUUAGCCUGUUCAUAUCUAUGUCAGUCUGUUCAUAUCUAUCUAUCUAUCUCAACCAUUCAGGUGUAUUUGGUAGUCUGGAACAAGGCCGGAGUUUUUCUGCAGAAGCUGCAGGGGGUUUGGCAAAGCGGGAUUGAAACAACUGGUAUGUGUCUCUCUCUCAACCUGCAAUUCGGGCUGUUUGGUUCCUUCUCCCAAUGCCUCGCUCGUCUAUAUUUAUGGACCUUCGUGCAAACCCGAUACACGUAUCAUUCGUUCAUCUAUCUAUCUAUCUAUCUAUCUAUCUAUCUAUCUAUCUUCUCUUUUUCUCUCUCUAGCUAUCAACCAAUCUUUCCUUCCCGCUUUUUAAGGGAAAGGAAGAUAGAGAUUUUCUUCAUCUUCCUUUCCCUCUAUCUAUCUAUCUAUCUAUCUAUCUAUCUAUCUAUCUAUCUCCCCUUCCUGUCUCUCUCGGCGUCUAUCUUAUUUUUUCUCGUUCUGCUAUCUAUCUAUCUAUCUAUCUAUCUAUCUAUCUAUCUAUCUAUCCCUUUUCUUCCCUUUUCUCUCUAG